CAGCCCUGCCUCUGCCUCCUCGCCUCCGCCUCUCCCACCACCAGGGACAUGAGGGCUCCCGUUUAACCUGCUCCUGCUCGGGGGCUCUAGCAACCGGUUAGGCAGAGCCACCCGCACCGCACAGUGUUGAUCCGGGGCAGGCUAGACGGUCUGUCCUCUCCGCGUUAGAAACCCCCCUCCUUCCCUCCCUCCUCUUGGGCUGGAAGCUGAGGAUCCGCUUAAGACGCUCGUGCCUGGGCUGUGCUAGGACUUGCGCCGGGAUCAUGGAGUACACAGCAUCCCCCAAGCCUCAGCUCUCCUCCCGGGCCAACGCCUUCUCCAUAGCGGCCCUCAUGUCAAGUGGGAGCUCCAAGGAGAAGGAGAGCGCGGAGAGCACCAUCAAACCCCUGGAACAAUUCGUGGAGAAAUCCUCCUGUGCCCAGCCCCUGGGUGACCUGUCCAGCUUGGACCCCCACGGGGACUUCAGCACCAGCCCAGCGUCCCUCUGCACGGAGCCUCUCAUCCCCACCACCCCCAUCAUCCCCAGUGAGGAGAUGGCCAAGAUCUCCUGCAGCCUCGAGACCAAGGAGCUGUGGGACAAGUUCCAUGAGCUGGGCACCGAGAUGAUCAUCACCAAGUCUGGCCGGAGAAUGUUUCCUACCAUUAGGGUUUCUUUUUCUGGAGUGGAUCCUGAAGCCAAGUACAUCGUGCUAAUGGAUAUUGUUCCAGUGGACAAUAAAAGAUACAGAUAUGCCUACCACAGGUCUUCCUGGUUGGUAGCUGGAAAAGCUGACCCUCCACUUCCUGCAAGGUUGUAUGUGCAUCCUGACUCUCCAUUUACAGGAGAACAGUUAUUAAAGCAGAUGGUGUCCUUUGAGAAAGUCAAGCUAACAAACAAUGAACUGGAUCAGCAUGGACAUAUUAUUUUGAACUCCAUGCAUAAAUACCAACCAAGGGUGCACAUCAUUAAGAAGAAGGACCACACUGCAUCUUUGUUGAAUCUGAAAUCUGAAGAAUUCCGGACAUUUAUCUUCCCAGAGACAGUUUUCACUGCUGUCACUGCCUAUCAGAAUCAACUGAUAACCAAGCUGAAAAUUGACAGCAACCCUUUUGCUAAAGGAUUCCGGGACUCUUCCAGACUCACUGAUAUCGAGAGAGAAAGUGUGGAGAGCCUUAUUCAGAAACAUUCUUAUGCACGCUCCCCUAUUAGAACCUAUGGAGAAGAUGAUCUGGGAGAUGAGAGCCAGGCAACACAAAGCAGAGGAUCAGCUUUUACCACAUCUGAUAACUUAUCUCUCAGCUCUUGGGUAUCAUCAUCAACUAGUUUUCCUGGAUUUCAGCACCCGCAGUCCUUGACCGCCCUUGGUACCAGCACUGCAUCUAUAGCUACUCCCAUUCCUCAUCCAAUUCAAGGAUCUUUGCCUCCAUACAGCCGCCUAGGAAUGCCCCUUACCCCAUCUGCCAUUGCCAGCUCGAUGCAAGGUAGUGGCCCAACGUUCCCCUCAUUCCACAUGCCCAGAUACCACCAUUAUUUUCAGCAGGGGCCUUAUGCAGCUAUUCAGGGACUGCGUCACUCCUCUGCAGUAAUGACACCAUUUGUAUGACUGACAUAAGACAAGAGAAAUCAAGAUUUUCAACGUGCAAAUUUGCUAUGAAAAUACAAGGGACCUUCCUGAAAGGUCUAUGGAAGAAGAGAGUUGAACUCAUAAAGAACCAGCUAACAUAAUGCAUGAUGGAUAUAGAUUCCUCCACUGAAGAAUCAUUGGAAGAGAACACAGCUUGGAGUUGCUCAAAGAACCAUGUGUCUAAUACAGCCAAAUGGAUUCCAAAGUGUGCCGGAUUUUUAAUCAAGUACAGGUUGAUCCAAAGGUGCAUCAUAUGUAGUGGAAAGAGGUUGCAUUAUGCAACAGUGUACAAAUUAAUUGUGUAUAGGUUUUUUUUCACAUGCUAAAAGGAUUCUGAAAGAGGCAAUACUCUUACUGAACUCCCUCUCUACUGAAUAAUAUGAGCCAACCACCCCCCAGAUUUAUUGCUACAGCUUUGAGCAUGUUUAGGCUAUCUCAGCAUCAGUGCUGGAAAACGGAUAGGGGCGGGGGAAAACCAUUGUCCUUUUUCAUUAACUCCCCCCCACACACACAUUUGCUUAUCUUUAUUAAGAACAGUAUUUAAUAGUUAACAAUUAAUUAUUAAUUGAUAUUUUCAUGGGGGAAAAACCAACCAAAUGUAAUUCAGUUGAAUUCAUUCUUUCAUUUUCAUUUAGUCCACAAGGUUGUAUCAGGUCAGAAAAGAAGACUGCAUUACAGAAUUGCAGCAGAGAUAUUGUAUUCUUUGCUUUCAGUUGAAAAAUGAACUUCUCAUAUCUCAGAAGGGGCCAAUUAACCAUCUGUCAAGAGUGAUGGAGGCAAAUACUGUUUUUGAGCUUCUGUUCCUUUUCAAUCUGAAAACCAAAAUCUUCAACUUUUAAACUAAAACAUUUAUCUGCAAUUGAUUGCAAAGGAUCCUUGUGCACAGCUGUGCACUUGUAAGGAGAAAACAAAAUUUGACCCUAUUCUUUUAACAUAUAGAUCUGCCUGCCCAGCUUCCAAAUGUUAGUACUUGAGUAUGAUCGACACGUCACAAUUCACCAGCUCCCUUGAUUUUCAUGGGUUGGGUCACAGAUGCUGUUACUAGACAUGCUGUUUAUGUAGGUCAGGGCCAAAUUUUUUGCUUGUUUAUGUCCCUAUAUGGUUAGUAGAGUUGCCUGAGACAUAUAUCAACACAGAGAAUUUGGCACAUGCUGUUUUUUCAUGAGAAUGGAUAUUGUGUGGAUUUCUAAUUAAGCAUUUUUGGGUAAGCCAUUGGUAGCAUUUUGGCUGUAAACUGGAGUUGCUAGUCAUUAUCUGAUGUAAGAACCAUAAUUAGCAUUAUGGGCAAAAUUUACCCUGGUACAAAGAGGCAGCACGAGACCUAUAAGCCAUAAAGUCUUAAGAUAUGCCUGGCCUCAUACCGGCUAAGUGCACAAGGGUGAAAUUCUCCAUAUGCAAGGAAGCUCAUGGAAAGGCAAUGGUCCAGGUAGCUCAGUCAACAUAUAGUUCCUGUAUGUCCGCACAAGACGUACAUGUCUAAUAACCUCAGUUUUAUAACCAACUGAUAAAAAGAGGCUUUGCAAUAGUGUAUCACAAAUCUUAGGAUGAUGGAAAAUAGGCUUUGAAUGGAAUACCUUCCAUAAAAGCACUGUUCUCUUAUAUGCCAACCCUGUAAGUGUUAUAAUAUGAUACAGUAGGGACUUCAGCAUGUUGUGCCAUGUUUCAGUGACGUUGAAGACAAGUCACCCAUCUCUCUUUUACCUGUAGCCCAUUUACUUGCCAUAUGCAACCCUACCAAUAAGGCUACAUCCACACUGUCUCUGACUGUGCUAGCAAGUGCUGCCAGAAAAAUAGUUUUCCUACUUGUCUCACUCUUCACGAGAUAUGCCAACAAAAUGUAAUGCUGCCACUGCCUGGUGCAUGCCCAGGGCAUGAUCCGUACUGCUCUAAGGCUCAGGCAUGCUUCUUGGUGCAAUACCUAGCACCACUUUACUGGUGGCUACCUCAUAUAUUUUCAGUAUGGGGAAUGAGAGUAAGUGGGCCAAGCAUGUUUCUUCCCAAAUGGAGGAAGGGUGAUGCCUGAUGCUCACAGUAAGACCUUUUUAUGCUUUCCUCAGUCUCUGUUACAUUGUGUUCUGAUCAAGCCGAAAAAUCUGUUCCCGCAGAUAAGAAGUGUAUCAAUAAGCCCUAAGCAUGCUGACUACUUUUAAAAUCUGGAUGAUUUUGCCAUAGAAUGAAUGGAUGCCAUUGCUUCAGCAUUACCUCAGCUUCUACCUAUGCACUGUACAGCAUGCUGCAAGGAUGGGUGUAAAAUUGUUUAAGGCAACUAGUAAGUUUUUUUUUUUUUUUUUUUUUACUGGUGAACUUCAUCAUCCACUCAUAAUUUUUGGAUUAGGGAAUGUCACAAAUUCAGGUAACAGUCCAAAUGCUUUGUCAACUUUCAUAGGCUGUAAGCAAGCACAGAAUUUGGCCUGACUUACCUAUUUACUAGGAUUUUGCACUUGCGUGUCCAUUUUGGCUGAAGUUAUAUGUGGUUAAAGACCCAUUUUCCCAUUUUGAUAUGAACUCCAGUCUUAGAUAAACUGAACAGCUACAGACCAGAGGUGUGGUGAAAAGGCUCCAGGCCACCCUCCAAAUGCAACGAAAAUUGUCUUACUGAGAUAUUCAGUGCAGAUUUGGAAGAAGAAUGGUAUUCUUUUCCUUCUCUUCCAACUGUAUAAACUGGUAGGUGUAGUAUUUACCAAGCUAAUAUACCAGUAUUUCUUAUGCAAUAUCAUUGAUUUAUCUAGCAUUGCAUGGGGUAUAAGUCUGAUUAGAAUUCAGCCUAGCAGCUUUAAAACUGUUUUUUUCUAUAUGCUAGAAAAUGCUGAAGCAAGUAAACCACUUUCAGUCAUCUUAUGAAGGGUAGAAGAGAUGAGCUGAACUAGUCUUUGUAUUUGGAAACUAUUCUUUCAGAGUGACUUGCAAAGACUUAUUAAGCAGAGCCUUAGAAAUAAGUCAUAUGAUCUCAUUGGCUCUUUUCUAUAUCUUGCCAUGCUAUUCUCCAUUUAAAAUUUCCCCUGUGAUGGUUACAGGGCAUGAAAAUGUUUCAGAGAAACUUUCAUGUUUCUCAUGAAGGUACAACUACUGUAUAUUAGCAAGAGAAAACCUGGAUUUUUUUGUUGCAAAUGGCUAAAAUUUUCAGUGAAAAGCAAGUCAUUACAAAAAUGAAAGUAAUACACAUCUGAAACAUUUGGCACUACCUGUCCCCUUCCAUGGAAAAUACACAUGCCGGGUGCAAAUUUUCACCCACUAUACAUUUGGAAUAUUCCCUUUAGUGGGCACCAUUUGCAGUCUUUUCAGUCAGGUGGGGAACAAGGCUCAGACCAUAGUUUGCUUCCACAGACCAUAGGUUAGGCUCUCUGAAAAGUCAGCCCUCUCUAUUUUGCUGCAUGACCAGUUCCUCCCUACAGUAGGAAAACUCCUUCUGGAUUCUCCACUAUACUCAUCCCACCAACUCGGCAAAUGGAAGUUUCCACCAGCAUGCAUCUCUCUUUUUUUCAAUGGAAAGUUUGUGGGCACUUUACCAGAAGUAGACUGUAUGUCCACUUCUCAGCUCCAUUCUUUUCUGCUGUUGACUUGAUCUGCAAAAUCAACAACUGCCCAAUCCCGUGGAGCUCAUGUGGUUUCAACCAUAGUCUAACUGAAUGGCAACACCUGCCUUGCAGUUUUCAUGAUACUGGGGAAUGUCUGUCCCAUUAUUUCUGUGAUUCCCUGCCAUCUGUGCCUCCCAUUUACAUUCUGAUGCGUCUGCACCUCUAAAGUCAAUGGUAAAAUUCUCAUUGACCUUAAUGGAGACAGAACUGCACCUAGCAAUCUUACUAAUGGUAUCCAGCUAGCUACCAUUAGUGAUACUGGCAGCGAAGGAACUCCAUAGAGGAGGCAGUUUUCAAUCUGCUUUAAAGUAUUUGUUGCGGGCAAAAUCCUUAAACAUAUAAGCCAAAUAUUAAAUACUUGGAUACUAGGAUAUCUUUGUUUAAAAACAACAGUUCUUGUUUUGAUACGAACUCAGUACAUUCUUCCCAGGGUGUCUGUAUUGACCAUGUCACAAUGUCAUCACUUUCAGCCAACAUAGCCGCUGCUGGUAGAUGGCUCAGGGAUGCCCGGCAAUAUUCAUACUCAUAUUUGCAAACUAUUUCACAUGUUUUUUCUCGCACAGAGAGCGCCUCACCUGAGUGAGCUUUCUUGGCUGAGCAGAAUGGGCCCUGUGUUCUUUUCAGAAGGGUUGGGUUAACAUGCCUGAAUUUGCUUUUCUAAGAGAAUGAUAAGAUUAUCCUUCUAUUUUUGAACUGCCUGGUUCAAAGUGUAAUAAGCUUCAGGUCUUGUAUUUAACAAAGGCAUCACAAAGACUAAAACAACUGUUUAGAUGCAUUGAUCUGGCUUGUCUUUUUUAUUUCUGGAAUCUGAAAGACGUUAGACAUCAAAUACAUUUUAAAUCUGGCCAUUCACUUCACAGAACUUUCCCAUCUGGUCGGCUGCCUGCUGGGAGGGGACUGCCAAGUACACAAAUUCAGACUCCUUGGUUGAAUUACACUGGGCAUAAGCUGAUUUAAGAAGUGCAGAGAAAUGGGUUGAGAGAUCACUUUCAAAUGGUUCCUUCUGGGUCCAUGGAAAACAGCAGAUCUUGUCCACUCUGGGAUAUGGUG